GUCAUUCUGCCAAAAGUCCCAGGACAGACUCCUCGCUCCUCCCCGCAGGGAUACCACGCAGCCGUGUAGCUGCCUACACAAACGGGAGAGAAGAGAGCGAAACCCAGGCCGAAUCGCGCCGAAACACACAUUCAGAGAUGUCGGAGUCUGCACGCCUUUCGUCUGUCUCCUCCGUGGCUUCAAUCUCACUGUUGGAGAUCAAGACUGAGACUCAUCUAGUCCUUAAAGCUUUUCUUCAUCGGACCCUUUCGGUCCCCUCAAAAGACAGGCCCGGCACAGUUGGAGGGGCAUACAGAGAUCACAACAAGUACAGCUCCAAGCCACAGCAAAAAGCAAAGGAUGGAUUGGACUCUCAAGCUGAAGAAGUCCACUCAGCAGAUGAGAAAAAGACUGGAUUCAAGGACUUCAUUAAGCAGCUGCCUCGAUAUAACAGUGCACGUCGUGUCAAAGACCCUAAGGGCUCGUUGGACAGGGACAGUGAAGCAAAACCACAGUACCUCAGAGACCUGACAGACGAGGAUGUCAUAUCCCCGUCCUCUACUUCAGAAGAAAGUGACAGUGAGAAGAAACAGCAGAAGAAGCUGAACAAAAAGAAGAUUAAAAGAAGGAUCUCCAAGUUCUUCAGAUUAAAGAUAGAGAAAGAGAAAGAGAAGGAGAAAGAUCCGAGCGGAACUUAUCCUCAGAGGCCUUCCACAUUGUUAAUUGACAAAGAAGCAGAUCCUAGCCCGGCCCUCGUCUCUCCAAACCACCCUCCUGAGUUCUAUAAUGAAGUAGCAGAACGGCUGGAACAGAUUGCCCAGAAGUCCGCCAGCAUAAAAAGACCCACUAUGAAAACAACUCAGGCCUCAGCAGCAGUGUGUGAGAAGGAAGCAGUGGUGCAGCAGCUUGCUCAGGUGCUCUCUUUGGAAGGAGACUCUAUGAACACUAAGAUUCAGUCCGACCCCUUUCUACGCUCCAGCCUGUCUCGUCUCUCCUACGCAUCUUUUGCGAAGCUCCUAGACACUUUCAGCAGCACUGAGGUCUCCGGGGCACCGGCCCUGCCGCCUACAGCCAGUCCAACGCUGCAACGCAUGGCUGUCAGCAUGGAGGUAACACGGCGGAUAGUAACAGCCACAGGAACACAGCGCAUGCAAGGCUACGCAGAGUGCUACAUGGAGACCUUUGCACCCUGGGUCAAGAGUCAUGGAGGAUGGGAGAAUGUGGUACAUUUGGAAGAGCCUGCAGAGUACGACUGACUUCUUGGAGCUCCGAGGUGUCGUUUUAUUCCAGCUAACCACUGGUGAACACUGAGCUCUGGAGGACAAAGGGAAGAGAGAAGGAUGGACCCCACUCUGUUCCCCUACAUGGAUAUGUCUCAUCUGGACUGUGAGAAGAUUCCAGAAGCAUCUUUGAUUUAUGUUAAUCUGGUAUCUGCGACUUUAACCAGGGGUUAUUGUUUUUACUUGUUCAGAACAAAAAGCUAUUUCUUGUAUUGGCCAGUAUAAAUUAUUUUAUUAAAAGACCAGUCAGGCAGUUUUGAGCGAUAGCAGGUUUUAUCAUCUUUUGAGUUUUGGUAGUGGGUUAGGGUUACAUUUGGAUCAUUCAUUCAUUCAUUAUCCUUAACCGCCUAUCCGCACUCGGGUCGUGGUGGGCAGGAGCCGAUCCCAGCUGACAUUGGGAGAGAGGCGGGGUACACUCAGUCUCAUUCACUCCUAUUUAGAGUCAUCAAUUAGACCUUAGCAGCAUGUGUUUGGGAGGAUGCCGGAGGACCCAGAGAGAACCCACACAGACACGAGGAGAACAUGCAAACUCCACACACAAGAGCUGGAUUCCUCUUGCUGUGCGGUGAAAUGAUAACCACUACACCACCAUGUAGCCCACAUCUUUCAGUUUGUCUUCUUUCAGGCCCCUCUAGCAAAACACAUUUCACUUAUAAUUCCUGCAUUUCACCCUUCUCAUAAUUUGGACAUGCCAGUUCUCUAUGCACUGUAGUCCAUGAUUGGCCAGAACCGGCCCUUGAACCAUUUAUUACCCUUUUUCGACCAGAGCCGGUUCCUGGCCGGUUCAGAGCCAGUGCUUUUGUGGUUCGCAGUUGGUUCAACCUGCAAACCAGCUCUGAACCUGUUUGUUUGUCCACAGGCUCUAGAGCUACGUCACUACGUCACUGCUAACGUCUGUAUAUGUCUUUGCCCUGAACACUGAACAUAAGAUGUUCAAUGUUGGACUUUGUUGCAAGCUAACGCUAGCACGCUAACAUUUACUUGCCCGCUAACCGAGUUGGUCUUGUUGGUCAUAUAGCCCCGCCCCCAGCCCCUGAUGUAGCGGUUCGCGGUUCAAGACCAGCAGUGGAAAACCAAAGAACCGUUCACAAUUAACCUAAAAAUACCAUUGUAAGCCAACCAGAGGCAAAGUAGGGUGGGUUAUGCCUUUGCCAUCCUAGGGAAAAACCCAUCGCCAGCUGUCACAGGUUGGGAACUAGCUUCUACCAGUCUGCUUCUUUUCACCUGUUAUUGAGCAGCUUUACUGAAAGGCCAUAAUGCUCAACAAGGUUUGAUGAGCUCAGUGACAGAAACAUGAUCUGACAGCAGAUUCCCAUACACCAACACUACCAUGUUAAUUAAUUAAACAUUUGAUUAAAUUAUAUUCUAUCACUGUCAGAAUUGCUGACGGGUAUUUUGGUACACAGAUGAACUGUAAACACCAACUAAAUGUAAGGUUUUGUUGUUUGUUAUUGUUUACAUCAUUCAUGUUUGAAUAUAUUAUAUGAAAGUCAAACAGUCUGAACAAAUUUUGUAUCAUCCAAAAUAAAAAUAUU